AUGUCCAAGUCAUCAUUAGAGACAGUACCCACCGAGGUGCUAUGCAUGAUUGCAGAACAUUUAUCAACAGAGGACCUGAAGAAUUUCAGCCUGGUGAAUUCUGCUGUCCGGAUUGCAACCGCACCAUGUCUGUUCAAAGUACUUCAAGUCGAUUGUCCGCUGCGGGAGGAUCACAACGUGAGGCCUGUGAUUCGCAAAUAUGGCGCAUAUGUUAUGGAAUUGAGAUUGAAUGUUACCUUCUUUCCCAAUAAGGCGGAGGACGGACUUCGUGAUGAGCCACCAAGAGCUUUCCGCGAAUAUAUAGAACGACACUGCUGCAACCAUCCUGACUCAGUCUGGACUCGAAGAGCAGUUGAUGUCCCUAUCAUACACGACCUCAUCCAAUUCAAAGGCUUGCCUGGCUGCAAAUCCCUCACUCUUCGCACCAAAGGCGAUCUUGAUUUCAAACCAUUAGGAUAUGAAGAUUGGGAUGACGAUAGCCGCGGUACUGGCCCCCUCUUCACCUUUUACGAACACGAGGGUUGGGAGGCGGUCUAUAGGAAAGAGCGGAAGUAUUCUUGGCGUGCAGCGCUACGGGACAUGUACCGUGACGUUGCCGCUCUCUCCCCAGCCAGGGAACUCAAAAUCUCGAGCUUUCUCCCUCGCAAGGUCUCGUUCUGGCAGGCAGAUCAGUGGGUUGACUUUUUGGGACGACUGAAAAAGCUUACGCUUCAUCCCUUUGGCAAAGACGGUGGUCAAUGGGAUGCCAAUAUAAUGCCCGGAUAUAAUCAAUUCUUUGCAGAAUUGUCAGGUUGCAUGUUUACUCAUGCAAAAGAACUGCAGCAUCUGGAAAUAGUGGCACAUAAAUCCGGUUUCUUGAGAAGUGGCUCGCUGGUAUUGGAACCUGACACUAUGCCAGCACUACGAGUCCUACAUCUAGAGAACCUGGCGGCCACCUCCAUCCUACCAAACUUCCUCCAAGGCAUACACAAAGAUCUCAGCAAGAUCCAUAUAGUGCAGUGA